CACUCUAGCGCUAAAACCUCGACGCAGUCCUGCGUGACGUCCCGCCGGGCAGAACACCUGGAACCGGGUUUUCUUUGAUUCCAAGUGUGUGUUGAUGCGCUGGGUCAAAGCCGAAGUUAAGAAGACAUCGGGUCGAUUUGUUAUAUGUCAGAUUUUUCAGGAUUUCUAGAUUCUUACUCUCAUUGAAUAGUAAAGACCUUCUUUAAUGCGAGUUUUGAACGGACACUGGCCUGACGCACAGAUUUCUUCUUUUAUUCCUUUAUCAUGUGCUGCCUGCUGUACUGAACCUCCGCCGAAAUGAAAACCGAUGUCUUUGAGGUACGGUCGCCUUCGGCUUUCAUCUUAAACACAUCACUGGACUAACACGUGAGGAAUCACUCCUUAAAACGAUCGUUUUUUAAACGGAGUCUGGUUUACGCUGUCAGCUGGUGGUUCCUGACAGCGGCUGGCAGCGGGUCGGUUCCCUGCUUCCACAGCAGCGAUCCGGGGUGUAUUUCAACAGAUCAUCGGAGGACGAAUAGAAGAAUAGACCGUGUGGAUUUCUCACGUAGGCUAUUUCUCUCUGAAUCUCUCACAGAUAUGCAUAUGCAGGAUUUCCCUUUGAACAUCUGACAGAUUUAUGCAGAUGAGCGAAAAACCGUAAUAAUCUGAAAGGAGUUUGGCGUGACGGACGGACAGAGCAGAGGUCUCCGUGGAAACGGUUAGUGACUCCCCCCCCAGGGAUGGUCCGUGCUGAGGUUCUAAUCGUGGGACACUUCCGGUGAACAGAUGUUCUCCAGCAGCAGAAUGAUGUUCGGACCAAUGGACGACGUGCACGAGCUCGCCUUCAUCGAGAGGCCGAUCCGCAGGAGCCUCAAGACGGCGGAGGAGAUCGAUCAGCUGACUGUUGAUGAAGACCUGAACGACAUCGAGAGAGCCGUGUACCUGCUCAGCGUGGGUCAGGAGGUGCAGAGAGCCAGCGUCAUCAGUAACCUGCCGAUCCUCGUCCGGCAGAAUCCGGCUGAGACGUUUCGCCGAGUCGUCCCAAAGGUCCGGGAGGUCCUGAGCGAGCCGGAUCAGAUGUCCAGCUGGCGGCGGCCGCGUCCUUCCUAACCAUCCUGCAGGAUGACAUCAUCCUGAUCCACACGCACACCUUCAGCAUCCUGAAGACCGUCCUGCUGCACCUGCACCACCCAGACACAGG